AUGAUGAUCAUCUCUCUCUUUACACUCGCACUUCCUCUGUUGUGGGUGCCAGUGUCAGGUCUCGCUGUGACCAACCAUCCCGGCCCUAUCUCUGCGAGAGACUUGGACGAUGGCAAUUCAAGCACCGCCGAUGCUGUCAAAUUUUACUUCACCACGACUCUCGAUCCGACUGCUAGUCUCGAGUCCGGAAAUUGGACGGAAAUCGAUGGCCCUCCAGGGGAUGGUGAUCGCGCGCUGUGCAUCGACUGUCCUUGCGUAAUUGACCGGGAAGUUGCAGUCGAAAUCCGCGAGCAUGGAUCUUGGUGGACGAACUGGUGCCACCAUCGCGAUGCUGUGAACCCUGAUGGAGUGGUCUUGAUCACUCAGUUCAAGGCCACGACAGUCACGUGGACUGCCGGUGUUGGGAUUACGCUGCCUAUGCUCGGAAAGGCGAUCAAGGCCAAACUGGGAGUCUCUGUAGAGACCAGCAAGGGCGUCGGAACAAGCAUCGGAUGCCACGGCGAUCAUUCUUGGUCCGGCCCGCACGGCGUGUACUUCCAGGAGAAAAUGGGCUGGGGAAAUUUGAAGAUCACUGAAACGUUCACCACGAGUGGUGGACCGCAAUGCUCACGCAGGACCAACACCCGCACUUCUUACGGUUCAUCCAGCUGGCCAGACCCAGACCGGACCGGCUUCCGACAGUUCCAGGUUGGGUGCAGAGAUCCUCAGAAUGGCAACGGACCCUGGUGUAACUUCUUUGCGGACAACCUUCAACAUACUCAGUAA